AUGUCGGAUCAUCAGUGUACCGAGAACCCGCCUAAGCUGGAUCCAAACAGCGGGUCGGGUCAUGUGGAAAAAGUAGGAGGCCUAGACAGUUACGUCUCUGGUUCCGCUCAAUCAGAGCUCGCCGUUGUUCUUGUCUCUCAUGUUUUCGGAUAUGAAGCUCCACAACUGAGGAAACUUGCUGACAAAGUUGCAGACGCUGGAUUCUACGCAGUGGUUCCUGACUUCUUCCAUGGAGAUCCCUAUAAUCCCGCGAAUGAGGAUCGUCCACUUCCUGUCUGGAUUAAAGAUCACGGACAUGAUAAGGGUUUUGAGGACUCAAAGCCAGUAGUUGAAGCCUUGAAGAACAAAGGCAUAGCUACAGUUGGAGCAGUAGGGUUCUGUUGGGGUGCAAAAGUUGCAGUGGAACUGGCGAAGGAAGAGCUUGUUAAAGCUGUUGUUUUGUUACAUCCUUCUCGUGUUACAGUGGAUGAUGUUAAGGGGGUCAAGGUUCCAAUUUCUGUGUUAGGAGCUGAAUACGAUCAAGUGACUCCUCCAGAACUCGUGAAGCAAUUCCAAGAUGUUUUAGCUACAAAACCUGAGGUAAAAAGUUUUGUGAAGAUAUUCCCAAGAGUCAAACAUGGUUGGACUGUUAGGUACGAUGAGAACGAUCCAUCAGAAGUUGAAGCCGCCGAGGAAGCUCACACGGACAUGCUCGUUUGGCUCAUCAGCCAUGUCAAGUGA